GACCCGGAAUUAGAUCUUAGUCCCGCCUCCUCCGCACCAGGCUUCCUUCUACAACAGGCGUGGGUCACGCUCUCGCUAGCUCUCUUUCUGCCGCCAUCUUGGUUCCGCGUUUUCCGCACAAAAUGCCCGGUGAAGCCACAGAAACCGUCCCUGCUACAGAGCAGGAGUUGCCACAGCCCCAGGCUGAGACAGCUGUGCUCCCUAUGUCUUCAGCCUUGACUGUCACUGCUGCCUUAGGGCAGCCUGGACCUACCCUUCCCCCUCCUUGCUCCCUGCUCCCCCAACAAUGUCCUUUAUCAGCUGCUAACCAGUCUUCCCCAUUCCCUUCUUCACCUACUAUUGCCACGACCCCUUUUGAAGUUCCUUUUCCCCAGCCACCCUCUGGAACAAACAUGCCUUUGGAAACUGCCCCUAGCACCCCAACUUUCCUGCCACACCUAAUAGGACCUCCCAUAUCCCCAGCUGCCUUAGCUCUGGCCUCUCCCAUGAUAGGUCCAGCUCUGAAAGAUGCCCAUUCCCCUUCAGCCCCCUUAUCUCUGGUUGCAUUGGCUCCCCACUCAGUUCAGAAGAGUUCAGCUUUUCCACCUAACCCUCUUAGCUCAACUCCAUCGGUUGCUGUAGCUGACUCAGGAUCAGUGACACCUCUGUCAGCUCCCAUUGUUCCCUCAGAACCAAAGACCUCUCCUAUUCAAGUUCCCUUUCCCAAAGUUACUACUCCAAGUUCUCCAGGUAUAGUUAGUACCACUCCUUCCUACCUUGUUGCUCCCUUGGCCACUGUUCAAUCUGGAUUGACCUCCUGUCCUCAGACACUACCCAUGACUCCCACAACCAUCACUUCUCAAGUCAAAGCUAUCCCCAUUUCCUCAGUUCUGGCCCCACAAAGCCUGAAGGGCCCUAUUAGUUCACCUCAAAAAACCAUGGCUCCCAACGUCUUUCCAGGUUCCCCCACUUCUCCAGGCUCUCAUCUUGCAUCUUUACAUCAAAGUUCUUUGGAUUCUUCUACCCAACCAUCAGGUCAGACAGGUCCUAAUGCUCUGUCACAUUCCGUUUCUAUAGAUCACUCUUCCCUGGGUGCCUCUUAUCCAUCUCAGAGGUCUGUAAUUCCUCCCAUUCCUUCCAGAAAUGAGUUGGUUGCUGAUGCUGUGACUGCUCUUCCACUGGGGACUCCUGCUUCUACUGUGGCUCACUCUGUUGACAAAGAACAUUCUAUCACCACUAGUACAACCUCCUGCAGCCCUUCUGGCUUUUCAAAUGUAACUACUACUUCAUUAUCUCCUACAGCCUCUGUCAUUCUCAAAGGCUCUCCUAAUACCUGUCAUCAUCAACCUUUAGUAACCCAGAUUCCUGCUUCUCUGGGAACAGGUUUAAAAGACACUCCUGUCUCUCCCGUGGUAACCACUCCACUUGUGAUUAAUCCCUCUACAAUUUCUGUAGCACCUGCAACUUUUGAGGUAGUUACUUGUGUGUCUCCUCCCAGUUCACCGGGAUUUAUUAGUAAAGAACCAACUUCCCCAACUGCUUUGGUUAUAACACCUGUGACUCACAAUGAGCUUCCUACUCCUCAGGUAGCAACUACCCUGGGGACACCAGUCUCUCUUCUGCCAGCCCAUGAAGACCUCAAAAAUCUCCCCACUUCAGUAUUGGUAAAUGUAGGAACCCCUGUUUCUUCAACCCAGGUAGGACUCCCUACCAGGAAAGACUCUACUCUACUACCUUUGGCCAUUGCAGCCCCUAAAAGUUCUCCCUCUGUGGAAAGUGCAUCAUCUUCUCUGGAGAUAACUCCUGAAGCCACUCUAGGAAAGAAAAGCCUUGUAGGGCCUUUCCCUGUAGGUAGGCUAGCCAGUGCUACUGCUGCUUCUUUAGGUGUUAACUCCCCAACUUCUAUAGGCAAGACAGAUCCUUAUGCUAGCCCAGACCCUGCUGGCCUGCUUCUCAAAAGUUCUAUCACUGCCCCAACAGUAGCUACAUUUCCUUUAGAAAGUGUCGAUCCUUCAAGGGUGGCUUCUAAAACUGCUGAAGUUACCUCCACUUCUACAUGUACAGCAAGCCCUUUUCUAAAAGGAGCUGUCUCUUUAGCUCCUAAAAACCAUCCAGCUAAAGGUACUUCCACUGUUACUUCACCAUUGGUUCCUCCAGCCUCUGAAAGUUGCCCUGUAGCUGUGACUUUAUCCUCCCAAAAUGGUUCUGUUUCUGUGGCUACCUUGGCACUAUCCCCUGAAAUACCCAGGUCUGUUCCCUUUCCAGCUCUUCCACCAGUUGCAGCUUCUCCUUCAGGUGCAAAGGAAGUUGAUACUUCUCAUAGGGCAGCAUUGGUACCUUUGACUUCCUCUACUGAAGUGUGCCCAAAUGACUCUUCGGUUACUAUAGCUUCCAAAGGAACUCUGGCCUUCCUAGAUGGCUCCCCAUCUCCUUUAGGGACUGGUGUGACCCCUCAAACCCAAAUACCUCCAACCAAGAUGGGUUCUGCUGUUCCUGAUGGAAAUGUCUCUUCUCUUUCUCCACUUAAAACCUCCUUCCUUCCUGAGGCCAGUCUUUCCUUUCCAGGCCCUAAAGGCUCACUAAACAAGAAGCAUUCUCCCACUUCUCCAUCCCCCAAAGGAGACUCUACUCCUUCAACUGUGACUCCUCCCUCUCCAGAAGGAGCAACUCAACCCCCCAAAGACAUACCCACUCCCUCAGCUUUGAUUCCCCUCUCCCCCAAAAAGAUACCAACUCUUGCCCCCAUUUCUCCAGCUGUGACUCCUCCCUUUCUCAAAGGGGUCCUUACUGCCCCAUCAGAGACUUUUACUUCCUCUCAAAAGGCCCCGGCAACCCCACCUCCCAAAGGAGCCCCGACACCAACAGCUGAGACUCCUACCUCCCCCCAAAAGGUCCUGAAAACUUCAGCUCCCAAAGGGGACUCAAUAAACUCAUCCCACAAAGGUGCUUCCACUGCCCCAGCUGAGAUUCCUACCUCCCCCAAAAAGGCUGCAGAAACUCCAUCUCCCAAAAAGGCCCCCAAAACCCCAUCUCCCAAAGAGGCCUCACCCACUGCAGCCUCCAAAGAAGCCCCAGCAACCCCACCUCCGAUAAAGGCCCCAGUUACUGCAGCCCCCAAAGAGGUCCUAAAAAACCCAGCUCCCAAAAAGUCCCCAGCCACUGCAGCCUCCAAAGAGGCUCCAGAAACUCCACCUCCCAAAAAGGCUGCAGCCACCAAAGAGGUCCCAAAAACCCCACCUCCCAAAAAGGCCCCAGCCACUGCAGCCCCCACAGAGGCUCCAGCAACACCAUCUCCCCAAAAAGCCCUAGACACUGCAGCCCCCAAAGAGAUUCUCAUCCCCCCAGCUGAGACUCCUCCAUCUCCUAAAAAGGCUCCAGCUGCUCCCAAAAGGGUCCCAGCAGCCCCACCUCCUAAAAAGGCCUCAGCCAGUACAGCCCCCAAAGAAGCCCCCAUCCCCUCAGCUGAGACUCCUCCCUUCCCUAAGAAGGCCUCAGACACUGUAGCCCCCAAAGAGGCUCCCAUCCCACCAGCUGAGACUCCUCGCUGUCCUAAAAAGGCUUCAGCAACCUCCAAAAAAAUCCCAACCACUGCAGCCCCCAUAGAGGCCCCAGCAACCCCACCUCCCAAAAAGGCCCAAGCCACUGCAGCCCCCAAAAAGACCCCAGCAACCCCACCUCCCAAAAAGGCUCUAGCCACUGCAGCCCCCAAAGAGGCUCCCAUCCCCCCAACUGAGACUCCCCCUUCUCCUAAAAAGGCUCUAGCAGCCCCCAAAGAGGCCCCAAUAAACCCACCUCCCAAAAAGGCCUUAGUCACUGCAGCCCCCAAAGAAGCCCCCAACACUCCAGCUGAGACUCCUCCCUCUUCUAAAAAGGUCCCAUCUCCCAAAAAGGCCUCAGCAACUGCAGCCCUAAAAAAGGCUAUGGCAGCCCCCAAAGAAGCCCCGAUCCCCCCGUCUGAGACUGCUCCAUCUCCUAAAAAGGCCCCAACCACUGUGACCUCCAGAGAUGGGGCUCCAGCAAUCCCAUCUCCCAAAGAGGCCCCCAACACCUCAGCUGAGAUUCUUCCCUCUCCUAAAAAGGCCCCAGCAGCCCCAUCUCCCAAAAAGGGCCUGAUUUCCCCAGCUGAGAUUUCUCCCUCCCCCAAAAAGACACAAGCCACUGUAGUACCCCCAAAAGACCCCAUUCCCCUAGCUGAGACUUCUUCCUCCCCCCAAAAGGCCCCAGCAGCUACUGCCCCCAAAGAAGCUUCAGCAACCCCAUCUCCCAAAGGGGCCCACACUGUUUCAGCUAUGACUCCUCCCUCCCCUAAAAGGGCCUCAGCAACCCCAUCCACCAAAAAGGCUCGAACAACUGCAGCCCCUAAAGAAGCUUCAGUAACCCCAUCCCCCAAAGGUGCCCCUACUGCCCUAGCUGAAACUUCCAGUUCCCCCAAAAAGACCACAGUGCCCAAAGAGGCCCCAGAAAUCUCCACUGCCAAAGGAGUUCCUGCUCCCCCAGACAUCACUCCACCCUCUCCUAAAAAGGCCCCAGUCUCCAAAGGGGCCUCUGCUCCCCGUGUUGACACUAUUUCCUUUCACAAAGAGGCUCCAUCCCUUAAAGAGCCCACCAUUCCCACAGCCAUUGCUCCUCCCUCCCCUAAAGGAUCCCCUACUUCCCCAGUGUCAGUCACUGGUACCAUGGGUGCCACUGCCCCUCAGACAUCUGAAGCUCCUGCAAAGAAAGACCCUGCAGCUCUCAGAGAAAUACUUACUGCCUCAGGUGCAGUAAGUGCACCAGUCCUCACUGCUCCCACUGAGAAAGGCCCAGAAGCCAAGAAGAAUUCUGAUUCACCUCCUACAUGCUCAGAUGCCUCUGCUAAAAAUGAUACUAAAGGACCCCUUUCUACAGUGGCCCCUGCCCCUCUACUGACAGUUCCCAUUCAAAAAGACUCUUCAAAGACUACAAAAACCCUUUCUGUUAGUUCUACAAAAGGCAAAGAUUCUUUGCGUUCUCCAAAGGGUCCCUUGGCUGCUUCUCCUGAAUCUAAGACAUCUACCCCUCUAGCAGCAGUUGCCCCUGAGAAAGUCCUUCCUAAAGCUGGAUCAGCCUCUGUCACUUCAGGACCCACCCCACAAGUCUCCUUGCCUCUUGCUCCUUCCCUAGUUCCUCCUCUGCUUCCUAAACAGCCAUUUCUUCCAUCCUCACCUGGGCUGGUGCUGGAAUUGCCCUCUAAGUCCCCAGCCCCUGCUGAUGAGGAUGAACUGCCGCCUCUGAUUCCCCCGGAACCAAUCUCUGGGGGAGUGCCUUUCCAGCCGGUCCUCGUCAACAUGCCCACCCCAAAACCUGCUGGGAUCCCCGCCCCAACCCCUUCUGCCAAGCAGCCUGUUCUGAAGAACAACAAGGGGUCUGGAACAGAAUCUGACAGUGAUGAGUCAGUACCAGAGCUCGAGGAACAAGAUUCCACACAAGCAACCACACAGCAAGCCCAGCUGGCGGCGGCAGCUGAAAUCGAUGAAGAACCAGUCAGUAAAGCAAAACAGAGUCGGAGUGAAAAGAAGGCACGGAAGGCUAUGUCCAAAUUGGGUCUUCGACAGGUUACAGGGGUUACUAGAGUCACUAUCCGGAAAUCUAAAAAUAUCCUCUUUGUCAUCACAAAACCAGAUGUCUACAAGAGCCCAGCUUCAGAUACCUACAUAGUUUUUGGGGAAGCCAAGAUUGAGGAUUUAUCUCAGCAAGCACAGUUAGCAGCUGCUGAGAAAUUCAAAGUUCAAGGUGAAGCUGUCUCAAACAUUCAAGAAAACACACAGACUCCAACUGUACAAGAGGAGAGUGAAGAGGAAGAGGUUGAUGAAAACAGGUGUGGAAGUUAAGGACAUAGAAUUGGUCAUGUCACAAGCAAAUGUGUCAAGAGCAAAGGCAGUCCGAGCUCUGAAGAAUAACAGUAAUGAUAUUGUAAAUGCUAUUAUGGAAUUAACAAUGUAACCAUUUGAAAGCCAGGAAUUUUUUUUUUCUGGUAUUUUAAGAGGGUAACUGCAGAUUGGUUUGGUUUGAAAUUUGUACUGUUUCUAUCAUUAAUAAAGUUAUGGCUUCUUGUUGGAUGAA